GUAAGUGGAACACCUAAGAUCAACCAUGAAUAUAUCUAGGACGAGCCAAUUAAAAUUGGGGAUAUUCCGAUAUCUAUGAAGCCUAAGAAUCUUAAAGGUCCAGAGAAGUUGAAUAGUAGGGAGCAUAUUUGAAUCUUGAAGAGUCACAGAAACAACCCUAAACAAAGUUCAGGUUCAGAUGAAAGUAGUAGCUUCGAGGAAAGUUACUCUUCCAGUAUAAGUCAAAGCUUUAGCCCUCCCUAUAAUGCAACUGAGAAGGUAAAAUGAGGAAUUUGUCUUUCAGAUUGAGAAAAGCCUCAUGCGGCACCUCAUAUGCCUUCCAAGCAAGAAAUCCAGUUGUCUGGAAUCAAUAACAGAGUGGCUACCCUUCAAUGUGAUCAUACUUUCUGUACGGAGUGCAUCAAAGAGAGUUUGGCCAAGCAGAUUGAGAUGGGAUCUUUGCAUAAAUAAGUGCCCUAUUUGUUCAAGACUUGUUAGUGAAGAUGACUACCAGAAACUCAUACCUGUGAAAGAGUUUGCAAGGGCAGAGAGCAUACGGAAGAGCUUUAAGACUAAGGACAAAACAAACUGGUACUUCUGUCCAGUCCCAGGGUGCAACAGCUAUGCACAUCUUGAAGAUCCGAAAGGGAGCCAGAAUCAUAAGGCUGUAUGUAGCUUGAAGCAUGCUUUUUGUACUCAUUGAAGAAAAGAGUGGCAUGAAGGAUGACCAUGAGAGGAAAUUGUCACUACUCCCAUCUAUGCUCCCACUACCCAAUUUAUCAAGCAGGAUCCUUGCCCUAAAUGUGAAGGCAGAUUAAUAGGUCUUAUUGACAGUGAAUGAAAAGUCUGUGCAGGGUGAGGCGAAGAGUUCUAUUUGAUUCAAGGUCAAAUGUACAAUAAAAACAAUGAAAUUCGAGGAAACAGAGGAGGAAAAGACAGAAAGAUUUUCUUAGAUUUUGAGAUGUUUCAUUUUGAGGAACUCCACACAUUCACGAAAAUACUUAUAUUCCCGGUGAUGCCGUUCCUACUGAUCUGCUAUAUUUGCACAUGGUUCAGAAGCUCAAACACAUGUCUUCAGAAUUUGGCACUAGUUGGGCUGACAUUACUAUACCCAGUGAUCUGCUUCUUCUGGGCUCCAUUUGCAAUAAUAAUCUACACCCUCUAUAUCGCAGUAUGCAUAAUGGGCAUAGGCUGCAUACUUUUAGCUUGCCUGGGAAGAUAGACUUAGAAGGUUGUCUGAAGCAAUCAUUAAAACUAUUCUGGCAGUGAAUAAGUGCAAAUUUUGGAACUAGUAUAUCUAAAUCAAUAUGCCUGUAACAUUCC